AUGACUCGGGGGCCAACAAUUGUUCGCGUAGCCCCAAGUUCUGGAGCCAGGGGCAUAAAGUGCUGCUGCUGUAGGUGUUGCGAAUGUCUGAACAUUGGCUACUUGAUGUCACAGCAUGGAUUAAUUAAAUUGGCCGAAGCAUUGCUUGGUUCUCUAUGUCAGAGUCUGCUAGUGAAGUAUGGUAUGUCAGAAGCUAGCAGCAUGGGAUCAGCAUUCCAUGGCUUCCUCACGACUGCCGCUGCUUGUGUUCUUACCACAUCCAUUCUCAUUGCGUGCUACGUCCUGUCAUCGAAUUCACAGCAUUUGAUACGGCAGUCAAUUUUCGAAUGUACGUUCAAUUCGGUGGCCUGUUUUAUGUAUCUAUCGGCAUCAUCUUACAUGGGCGUCGCUGUUAAUAUAUACCUGUACCCGCGAUAUGCCCUCGUCAAUAUGUAUGCUGCAUAUCCAGCGAUGACUGCCGUAUAUUAUAUUGGCGUGGUCGUGGGAAUUAUACACGGAGUGGAUGCGUAUAUAUCAUACAAGUAUUUCAGAGGGAUUCGUUAA